AGUCAGUAAAAUGAUGUGGGUUUUCUAUCUGAAAGUGGUAAUUGUCAUGGCUGGCAUGCUGUUCUCCAGUAUAGGACUCUACAUUCUCAUCAUGUCCCUCAGUUGGUUUGGUUACGCACCCGAAACAGAGCUGAUAUUCUAUAUACUAUCGAUUUUCAAAGACCUGAACCACGUCCUAGGAAUAAUCAUACCAUGGGGUUUGGCUAAAGCAGCUGAAGUGUACGCUUCCAUCAUCAGAAUCAAUAAAGUCUUGCUGGCUGAGGAAUUACACCAAAAGUACGGGUCCGAUGAACCUACAGACAAACCACUCGUAGAAGUGAAAGAUGUAACGGUACAUAUCAAAGAUGUAAAGAUCCUCAGGAACGUUUCCUUCGGAACAAGAACCGGGCUGACGAUAGUUACUGGGGCAGUUGGUUCAGGGAAGAGUUCUCUGCUGAAAACGAUUCUUCAAGACUAUCCGUUGAGCACUGGAAGUUUAUACACUCAUGGUCGGAUCUCUUACGCUUCUCAAGAUCCAUGGUUGUUUCCUUCGUCCAUCAAACAGAAUAUUCUAUUCGGAGAAAAGUUCAACGAGAAAAGGUACGCAGAGGUCGUUCGAGUGUGCGCCCUGGAGUAUGACUUCAGCUUUUUCGAGAAACGGGACGAAACCAUCGUUACAGAUCGAGGUCUCAACUUGAGCAAAGGCCAGCAAGCCAGAGUGAAUUUAGCGAGAGCAGUGUACAAAGAAAGCGAAAUUUACCUCCUUGACGAUUCCUUAACUGCUCUAGACGCUCACGUCCAGGACCACAUUUUCAGAGAAUGCAUCCAAACAUUUUUGAAAGACAAAAUUUGUAUACUGGUUACACAAACUGCCAGUCAAAUAGAAAAAGUUGACAACGUAGUGAUGAUGGAAGAUGGGCAUAUCAAAUACCACGGCAGACCCAACGAAGCGGUUAUAGAUAAACUGAAAGAGAUCAUUCCAGAAGACGACGACUUGGAGAAAAAAGAAAAGUGUGUUGCGGUUGAAGAAACUGCUUUGAUUACUUCCAAGCCACCUCUGGAAACCGAACAACUAACUAAAAAGAAAGUUUAUAGUGAAAUCCAGAAGAAAGGGCAAGUGGAUUGGUCUAUUUAUAUGAAAUAUGUUGUUUUUGGAGGAGGAUAUUUUUUGAUGAUCGUCAAUAUUUUAUUGUUCGUCACAGCUCAAGUUUUACAGAGCUACUCUGAGAAGUUACUAACUAAAUGGGUAGACCAACAGCAGAGGGUUCUGGACAUUCAAAAAAAUUUCACGCUGAUAGAGGGGAAGAGGAAAAAUUUGGGUUUGGAUGUAUUAUCGAUCGAAUCGGUGAGCGGUGGUACUUACCAGGAAGCCUUGGCCAAUGAACAAUUCACUUUCAAAAUAUGGACGUCCAUUAUAUUUAUAUCAAUAGUAUUGGGUCUGAUAAAAACCUAUGCAAUAUUCAGUUUCUUUAAAACGGCAAGCAUAAAUAUUCAUAGGGCGAUGAUUAAAAAUAUCAUGGAAGCCGUUAUGGCAUUCUUCGACACCCACAUGAUUGGAAAUAUCCUCAACAGAUUUUCACAGGAUCUCACAAAUGUCGACGAAUACCUAGUAUUCAUGUUCAUGGAGACAUUGAGGGUAUUGUUGAUCAUAACUGGCAUAGUAACGCUCAUUUCCAUUGUCAACAUUUACUUUCUUAUAUUCGCAUUUGCAUGUUUGUUGAUAAUGGUUCUUCUGAGGAUGCUCUACAUACCAGCUGGCCGGAGCCUGAAAAGAUUAGAUGCGUCAACUCGAAGUCCGAUGGUUGGUCACUUAAAUGCAUCUCUCGAAGGUCUGACGACAAUAAGGGCGUAUAAAGCUCAAAGUAUAUUGAUCGAUGAGUACGAUCGACAUCAAGAUCUAUACACAUCCGCUAACUAUACGUCUGUAGUAUCUUUGGAAGCCUUUGGAUUUGGAAUGGAUCUUACAUGUACAGUAUUAGUCACUGUUGUUGUGGCUGUUUUUCUUUUCAGUGAUUCAGGUUCCAGUGCCGGUAACGUUGGUUUAGCCCUGGGCCAAGUUUUUAUGUUAUCGGGAAUAAUCCAAUGGGGAGUAAAAUCAUGGGCAGAACUGGAAAACUUGAUGACGUCAGUGGAAAGGUUGCUAGAAUAUACAGAAAUUAUUUCUGAGCCACAGGAUGGGUCGGAGGUUGAACACUGGCCUAGCAACGGAGCAAUAACUUUCGAAAAAGUAUCUCUCACUUACAAUAACACCGAAACAGUGUUGACAAACUUAAAUUUCAAAGUUGAACCGCGGCAAAAAAUCGGCAUAGUGGGCAGGACAGGAGCCGGCAAGUCAUCCAUAAUAUCGUCAAUUUUCAGGACGUACAACGUUGAUGGCAAAAUACUAAUCGAUGAUGUCAACAUAAGCACCUUAUCCUUGAAGUUUCUGAGAAAGAAAUUGGCGAUAAUCCCACAGGAUCCCAUUUUGUUCACUGGAACCAUCCGCACCAACCUGGAUCCUUUCCAAGAAUUCAAGGACGACCUGCUAUGGAAAGCUCUCGAAGAGGUUAACCUCAAAAAUCUUAUAACGAACUUGGACUUGGAGGUAACGAAUAGCGGCUCCAAUUUCAGUUCGGGUCAAAAACAACUAGUCUGUGUUGCCAGAGCAAUUCUGCGUGAGGCAAAAAUAGUUAUUUUAGAUGAAGCAACUGCCAAUAUGGACAAUGAGACAGAUGCUCUCCUCCAUGACACCAUUAAAAAGAGUUUUGCUGGGUGUACGGUUCUCACUAUUGCGCACAGAUUACGUUCUAUUUUGGAGUGCGAUAAAGUUAUGGUUCUGGACAGAGGCGAGAUCAAAGAGUUUGAUAGGCCACAAAAGUUGUUGGCUGAUGGAGACGGAAUAUUCCACCAGAUGGUCGAAGAUGCAGGGCUACUUGAUCAGACGAAAUUAUGAUAUUGUUAGUUGUUUAGAGUAAAUAAAUUUUAUUUUAGUUA